AUGUUGAGUCUCGAGCUUCUCAGCACGAGCCUGUCACUUCGUGACUAUGCAGCCCUUGCAACUGUUGGUAUUAUCGCAUACAGCCUGGUUCGAACAAUCUACCUGCUUUGGUUUCACCCUCUAGCAAGAUUCCCAGGGCCCAAGUUUGCCGCAGUCUCCAAUGUUUGGUAUGGAUACCAAUGGCUGUCUGGUCGUUACCCUUGGGCUAUGCAACGAGCCUUCGAAGAAUACGGAGAUGUAGUUCGAAUCGCACCCAACGAGCUGGUUUUCAUCACUCCCAAGGCUUACACAGAUAUUUACACCAGUAGCAUCAAUGGACGGCCUGCCUUCGUCAAAUCGGAUAUGCUCGACACGGGAGACAAGUACGAAGGGCUAGCUUCGGAACGAGAUAUCGACAAGCACCGCGCUGCUCGCAAACAGCUGGCUCCUGCAUUCAGUCCCCGGUCUUUGAAGCAGUAUGAGCCGACCAUUCAUGCCCAUGUGGAUGAGUUCGUUGCUGAGCUCCAGAACUCACCUGCUGUUGAUGAAGGCGUCGAUAUUGCUCCGUGGUUCGAAAGAGCGACUUGUGACCUGGGUGGUUCGAUCACACUUGGCCACAACUUCAAAAACAUCCAAUCCGGCCAAAACCACCCUAUUUUGGAAUCCCUGUUGCGCAUCGGUCAUUGGGCCACAUUCCGAAAUGUCAUGCGCCGCUUUCCCCUGCUUUACCCACUGUCAUAUGUCUUUCUUCCCCCAAAGGUCGCGUUGAGCUACUUCAGAGCUCAUUCAACGAGCAAAAAGCUUAUUCGAACCCGUGUCCAAGAACGCCACGACCGGAAAGAACUGGACUACAUGGCACAGUUUUUGAAGAACGAAACGGCGAUUCCGCCAGACGGUUUUCUCGUGUCCCAAGCCGGCCAUCUGAUCCUUGACCACUAUGAAUCAUCGAGUGUCUUAACAGCCGGUAUAUGUUUCCUUACGACGAAUCCCGAGAUCAUGAACAAGCUACAGACGGAAUUGAGGACGACUUUCAAGUCUUAUGAAGACAUCUCAGAGGAUAAACUUCAGGACCUGCCGUGGCUGAAUGCAACCAUUGAAGAAGUCAUUCGACUACACACAAAUGUUCCUUACGGACUCCCACGAAUCAGUCCCGGGCAUACUGUGGAUGGAAAUUUUGUGGCUAAAGGUGUCGUCGUAUCAUCCUGCGCCUACGCCACCACGCAUUCAGAGAAGUACUUUGGCAAGCCGUACGAGUUCAAACCUCAGCGAUGGCUUCCCAAAGACCAUUCAGAGUACGACCAUGUCUUUGAUGAGGAUGAUCGAAGCGCUUUCAGACCUUUUAGUGCCGGAUCUCGAAACUGCCUCGGUCAAGCAAUGGCCUACUUGGUGCUUCGGAUCAUCUUCGCGAAGCUUUGCUGGCGGUUCCAAUGGGAAUUGGUGAACAAGAAUGAGAUGGACUGGGAUAGAGAUCUGCGGCUGUACAUUGUGUGGCAGAAGCCAAAGGUGCAUGUUCGCCUCACGCCUUUUGAGAAAACGGUGUAA